AUGGGGGAUUUGAGCGACAUCGUGGUCUCCUGGUCGGUCCAGGAGAUCAUCGACGACGACCUCUACAGAGGGCAGGUUGAGACUAUUCCCUGCACCUUCACGUCACUUGAUCACUAUUUAAAAUCGUAUCGUGCACCUCUGCUUGAAGAGACAAGGUCAGAUCUAGGCUCAUGCCUUGAACUCAUCGCGGAAGCACCCUCUUCGAGAAUACUUUCUGUGGAGGCAGCAGGGAAAUCAGGAUUGUACUCCGUGGAUGUGGAUUUCAUGGACAAUGGGCCCGAGUCUUAUACUGCAAGGAACGGUGACAUAUUUAUCUUGUCUAACAUGAAACCUGAAGCUGCAACGGACUUCAGCCGUUAUGGUGUGAUCUAUUUCUUGGCAAUGGUUACUGAGGUUUCUGUGGACAAUGACUGCCGCAAGGGGUUUAAAAUUAAGGUUCCAAAGGACAUUGAUUUGGAGCAAGACUCAAGUAAACUCAAGCACGCACUAUUUCUCAGUAACAUCAUGACAAACAUGUGGAUAUGGAAAGCACUUUGCUUUGAUACACACAUGGAUAACAACUUCACAGUUAUCAAGUCUCUGUUAGCUCCCACAAAUCUGGGUGAUGAUGUCUGUGGUAUCUGUGCUAAACAGGAUGGGGACUGUUUAUCUUCUUUUAUAGAGCAACUACUGUCCAUAAGUCUUAACCAACCACAAGUGGAUGCUAUUCGAUCUGUCAUCUUGGCUGUACAAUGUAAGCAUAUGAACCUCAUGAAGCUCAUAUGGGGUCCACCAGGUGCAGGAAAGACCAAGAUGGUCAGUGCUUUAUUGUGGGCAUUGGCUUGUUUGAAAUGCAGAACUCUAACAUGUGCUCCCACAAAUGUUGCUGUCACUGGGGUUUGCACUCAUUUCCUUCGGAUCUUGAAGGAUUUCGGUGAACAUAUUGAUGAAAAGGGCCUGCCCACUUCUCUUGGAGAUGUCUUGCUAUUUGGGAACAAGUAUAGCAUGGACAUCACUGAGGAUCUCCAGGAAGUUUUCUUGGAUUUUCGUGUGGAAGAACUUGUUCGGUGCUUUUCACCAUUGUCUGGAUGGAAGUACAGAUUAGCUUCAAUGGUAUCCUUUUUUGAAGACUGUGGUUCUGGUUCUCAGUAUGAUAUGCUUUUUGAGGAUAACGGAAGUAGUGAUCACAUGUGCUUUUCGGAAUUUCUAAAGAAGCAAUUUGAUGUUACAGCAAAAGCUCUUUCAAGAUGCAUAAUGAAUUCGUGGAUUCACCUUCCUGGAAGUUGCUUCUCAUGUGAUAAUGUCAGCAGUAUAUCUAAAUUGUUUAAUAUUCUGAAAAAAAUCGAUGCCCUUCUGUGCGAUGUAAAUUUAACUGAUGAGAGCUUAAAAAGAGGCCUUGGUGGAUUUUCAACUGAAAACUCUGUUUUCGUGCAGCCUAUUCCUUUUAUUGAGAAGGAACUAGAUGGAGCAAGCUCUUAUAGAUUACAUAACAUGGAUAUCGCACCCUUGGAUGUGCUAAUUGUUGAUGAGGCUGCUCAAGUGUGGGAGUGUGAGUUGGUCAUCCCACUACGUCUGCAUUCAAUGAAACAUGUUGUUUUGGUAGGAGAUGACUGCCAGCUGAGUGCAAUGGUUAAAAGCCAAGUAUGCAAAGAAGCUGGAUUUGGAACAAGUCUUUUCCAGAGAUUGGUUAUGCUGAACUUUGAGAAGUAUUUAUUGAAUAUACAGUAUCGCAUGGAUCCUUGUAUCAGCUUAUUUCCAGUUGCUCAGUUCUAUAAGAGGAAAAUUGUUGAUGGUCCAAAUGUCUCGUCUCCUCUCUAUAAUAAGGCAUACACAAGCCUCCCUUUUGGCAGCUACACUUUUAUAAACGUAGUUGAUGGAAGAGAGGACAAAGAGGGCACUAGAAACAGUUGGAGGAACAUGGUUGAAGUUGCUGUAGUUCUGCACCUGAUCCAAACCAUCUUUAAAUCUUGGGAAAGAUCGGGCCAAGGGCUCAGCAUCGGUGUGGUCUCUCCAUAUAAUUCUCAAGUUGAUGAAAUUAAACAUAGGCUGGGCAAAAAGUAUGAUACAUGUGAUGGGUUUUGUGUGCGGAUCAAGUCCAUUGAUGGUUUCCAAGGCCAAGAGGAUGAUGUAAUCAUACUAUCGACUGUUAGAUCCAAUGGGAGAGGAGCUGUUGGAUUUCUUGCUGAUAACCAAAGAACAAAUGUUGCUCUGACUAGAGCAAGGCACUGUCUUUGGAUUGUUGGGGAUGCUAAUACAUUGUCUAAAAGUGGGACUGUCUGGACAGAUAUCGUUGAUGAUGCAAAAAGGCGUAACUGUAUUUUCAGUGCAACUAAUGAUGCAACCAUGUGUAAGCUGAUUUUGAAAGUAAAGAAAGAUCUUGAUGAACUUGAUGAUCUUCUCAAUGCCGAUUCAGUGUUUUUCAGAAAUACCAGAUGGAAGGUAACCGUGGUCAUCUCGCGACUCGUCAUUCUCAGCGACAAGUUCAGAAAGUCUUUCACCGAACUAAAAUCACGGCAGCUGAGGAGGGAAGUACUCCAAAAGCUUGUCAAACUUGGUGCUGGUUGGAGGACGACAUUUAAGAACGUUGGUGUAUGUGACACUUUCCAGCUUGCGAAAGUAUGGAAGGUCAGGGACCUUUAUCUUGUUUGGAGUACUGACGUGGAGAAAAGCGAGAGAAGGUAUAUCCAGAUAAUAAGAAUCUGGGAUCUACUGUCACACCAACAUCUUGCAAGAACUGUUCAACGUCUUGAAAAUCUGUUUUCCAUAUACACAGAUGAUUACUUGGAUCACUGUAGAAGAGUGCAGACAUGUGGGAAAUUGGAGGUUCCUCUGAUUUGGGAUGUUGAGCAUGAUCUUGUUCGUUAUAAGAAGGAUUGCACAGUCGAUGCUAAAAAAGAUCAUGAUCUCAUGGAUAAAGCAUAUGCUAUGGAGAAUUCAGAAGUUACUGAAAGCUUCUUGCUGAUGAAGUUCUACUCUUUAUCAUCUGGAAUGGCAAAACAUCUGCUAACUGCUACUGAUGGGUCUCAAAUCAAUAUCCCAUUUGAACUUACUGAUGAAGAGGAGGCGAUAAUCCGAUUUCCGCACACUAGUUUUAUACUUGGGAGGUCAGGAACUGGGAAAACCACUAUAUUGACAAUGAAACUGAUUCAAGUUGAACAGUGGUCAUUAAUUGCAUCCCAGGGUCUAAAUGUGGCCCAAAUUGAUUUACCUGGGGCUGAUGAUAAAAAUAUCAUUCCAUUGAAGGACACAAGCAAACGAGAAAGAUUUUUAAAACAAGUCUUUAUCACUGUAAGCCCAAUGCUAUGUUCAGCUAUAAAGAAUCACAUUUCCAGACUUAAAAGAUUUGGCUCAGGUGAUGUGUCUGAUCAGCCUAGCAUUCUUCAUAUGCAUGACGUCAUUGAUGACCUAGAAGAAUUUGCAGAACUACCUGACAAAUUUGGUGAUCUACCUUGCGAGUACUAUCCUCUUACUAUAACAUAUCGCAAGUUCUUGAUGAUGCUUGAUGGAACAUGCCGGACAUCAUUUUUUGAUGGGUUUUAUACUGAUUUAAAGUCUAGCAUUGAGGGAGGCCAUUCAAAGUCUCUUGCACUGCAAACCUUUAUUGAGUUGAAGGAAGUUACCUAUGAGAAAUUUGUUUCUUCCUAUUGGCCUCAUUUUAAUACAGAACUGACCAAGAAACUUGAUGCUUCCACCGUCUUUACUGAAAUAAUUUCUCAUAUAAAGGGUGGAUAUCAAGCAAGCAGGCCUUCUAGUGGAGGCAAACUUGAAAGGCAGGAUUACUUGAAACUCUCUGCUAGAAGAUCCUCGUCUCUGAACAGUGAGAAGAGAUGCAUGAUUUAUGAUAUUUUCCUUGAUUACGAGAGUAUGAAGUGCACUGCCAGAGAAUUUGAUUUGUCAGAUUUUGUCAAUAGUCUUCACAACAGUCUAAUUUCUGAGGGCUACAAUGGUGAUAUGGUAGAUUUUGUUUACAUAGAUGAGGUGCAGGAUUUUACUAUGGCACAAAUAGCACUUCUUAAGUAUGUCUGCCGGAACUUCAAGGAAGGUUUCGUUUUUGCUGGUGACACUGCACAGACAAUUGCAAAGGGUGUUGACUUUAGGUUUGAAGAUAUUCGCUUGCUCUUUUAUACCACAUUCCUCUCGGAUACUGGAGUAUGUAAUCAAGGAACUGAACAUGGAAAACAAGUUCAUCUCUCAGAUAUGUUCCAACUUAGUCAAAAUUUUCGGACACAUUGUGGUGUCCUUCGUAUGGCUCAAAGUAUCAUGAACCUUCUGUACUUCUUUUUCCCAUCAAGUGUUGACAAGCUCAAUCCAGAGAGUGGGCUUGUACAUGGAGAAGCUCCAACGCUGCUGCAGUCUGGUAACAGUGAGAAUGCAAUUAUGACUAUUUUUGGAGAAAACAAAAGUGAACAUAGUAACCUGCAUGGGUUUGGUGCUGAGCAAGUCAUAUUGGUUCGUGAUGACAUUACUAAAAAACGAGUUGUUGAUCUUGUUGGCAAACAGGCUCUUGUUUUGACUAUUGUUGAAUGUAAGGGCCUUGAGUUCCAGGACGUCCUAUUAUACAACUUUUUCAGUUCAUCACCUUUAAGGAAUAAAUGGAGAGUUGUAUAUGGCUGCAUGAAAGAGAAAGAUAUUAUACCAUUAUCUGAGAAGAUCUCUUAUCCGGGUUUUGACAGAACCAAGCAUUAUCUUCUCUGUUCAGAGCUCAAGCAACUCUACGUUGCAGUCACAAGAACUAGGCAAAGACUGUGGAUAUGUGAGAACGCUGAUGAUUAUUGUCGACCAAUGUUUGACUACUGGAAGAAGCUGUGUCUUGUACAAGUUAGAUUGCUUGAUUCUUCCUUUGUUCAAGCAAUGCAGACCAGAAACAGCUCUUAUGAUUGGAGACUACAAGGCAUCAAGUUAUUCAAUGAGCGUCAAUUUGAGAUGGCUGCGAUGUGUUUCGAAAAAGCUGGUGAUACAUACAGAGAGAAGUGGGCAAGAGCUGCCGGACUUUUAGCUACAGCUGACCGUGUCAUGUCCACAAAUUUGGAGACGGGUCAGUCUUCAUUGCAAAAAGCAUCAGAGAUAUACGAGUCUAUUGGCAUGCAUGAGAAAGCUGCCAGCUGCUAUAUCAGAGUAGGUGACUACGAAAGAGCAGGAAUGGUCUAUAUGCAAAAAUGUGGUACUUCCAGGCUGGAGGAUGCUGGUGACUGUUAUGCUGUGACUGAAUGCUGGUUACAGGCAGCUGAAGCUUACUUUAAAGCUAAAUGUUAUGCCAAGUGUUUCUCCACGUGCCUGAAAGGAAAACUAUUUAUUUUGGGAUUGCAGUUCCUACAAUGGUUGAAGGUGGAAGACGAAUGUUUGGUCGAGAAUUCGAAGUCUGUCGAGCUUUCUGCAAUUAGAAAGAUGUAUCUAGAAAAUUGUGCCCAACACUAUUUUGAGCGUGGAGACAUCAAGAACAUGAUGCCAUUUGUUAAGUGUUUUAGUUCUAUGGAUCAUGUUCGGGCAUAUUUGUGCUCUAGGAAUCUCGGUGAUGAACUGCUGAACUUAGAGAUGGAAAUGGGUAAAUUCCUUGAAGCUGCAGGAAUAGAAAAGAGUGAAGCUGAUAUCUUGGGAGAGGCAGACAUGAUUGAGAUGACAGGUUACUUUGAGGAUGCUACACAGCUUGUUCUCCACACUGUCGUCUUCAGAUCUUUGUGGUAUGCAAAGAGUAUGAAGUGGUGGCCUCCUCACAGAACUGCUGAGAAGGAACAAUUUCGUGCAAAAGCCAAUGAUAUGGCCAAGGAAGUCAGUGCUUGCUGCUUCUGCAUUGAUAACUUCGGAGCAUGUACACUGAAAUGUGUGCCUAAAUCUCUCCCCAUUUUAACUUGUGCCUUCCUCGUGGGCAGAACAUGUGGGAACUUGUUAGUAGAACUUGUUGCUGCCCGUUUGGUUCUUGAUGUUCAUCUCCAGUCCGAAGCUUCUCGAUACAAUUUGGGAUUAGCGCAAGGAUCGGAAGAGAAAAGGUGUUGUAAUGCUAUGCUGGCUUCUGACCAGAUAUCACCUGAAACUAUGUUGUAUGUCUGGAACCAUUGGAGGUCAAUCAUAGUUAACAUACUAUCUCAUCUUCGUCACUCUGAUGGCCAAGAAUCAAAUGAUUGUGCAGUUACGUAUGAUGAUCUUUGUGCUAGAUACUUCGGAAGCUCUUGGCAGCAAGAUGGCAACAGAUGUUGGCUGGAUUCUGUCCAGUUUCAUUCAUUUGUUCAGAAUUUCUGGAUGAAUGAGCUAUCUUCAAUUAGUUUGACUGUACUCAAUAAGUUAUCCUGCGUUCAAUUUUCUCCAGAGCAGGCAUCUUCAUACGCCCUUGGGAGAAGUAUCCUUAUUAUGUAUGAAAUUGCAAUGUUUCUGAAGGAGCCAGAGUUUGGUAUGCCGAAAAGUACCGAGUUGAGGAGCUUCUUCGCUCUGUGCGAGAGGCGCUUCAUUGAGUUUGUUUCUCAUGUUUGGAGGGAUGGGACAGUGAAGCCCCUCUUGUGUAUGCUUGAGUUACCAACUGCAUAUGGUCUGAUUACUGAUUCUCUUGGCGCAUAUCUCAGGCCAACAACUAAGAAACUGACUCAUGGGCAUCUUGGGAGAGUUACCAUGUUUCUGCUACAUGUAGGACAGUGUACAUCACGGCAGUCAGAUGAUAUGCUGUUUUCAAGUCUUCUGCAGUACCUGGACAAAGGAUCUGAGUGGGCAAACUUUUUCCAGUCUUUAAAGAUAUUUAUUUGUGCUGGUGGUUUUUUUGGCAGAUCCCCCUUGAUCUUGAACUUUAAGCUUGCCCUUGAAUUUACGUUCAAUGCAAACUGGAUGGCUGAGCCGGACUACAUAUCUCCAACAUGCUAUGUGGAUCUCAUAGAGUUCCUUUGCUUCUUCGCUUCGUCAUAUUCUUUACCGAUUGGUUGUGUGUUUUGCACAAAAUCUAUUCUAGUCAAGGUGCUAAAGUGCUGUACCAGCACAACAUACCUCUUUAAGUUUCCUAGCACAGAUUUGGUUCCGGACCAUAUACCAUUGUCAGCAGGUCGUUUCAUAUUUCAGUCAGUCAGGAAACUCUUGUCAAACAAGCGUAUGAUCCAAGAGUGGUUUGAGAAGACUUCUACUUCAACUAGUUCAUACAAUCUAGUCCUUCAGAGAUUAGUUAGCACACUUUACAUUGUGACUCUAAAUCUUAAGGUGGGAGAUUGCUAUGAGGUCACAGAUUUCCUUCGGAUGCACCAUGUUUUUGAGGAUUUACAUUUGGGGUUCUCUCAAAAAAUUCUAUAUUGUUUGCAAAUGAGUUCUCAGACACUUAGCAACUUCAGAAUAGUAUUUGCUGAUGCGCUUGCAGCAAUUGGAAAUCGCAUGGUAGUUAUGACUUCAGGCAAAGUCCGGCCAAUCUUUCGACACUUAAAUGCUGACAUAAUUAGCAGAGCAGAUUGGAAAGAUAUUGAGAAGGUACUUGGGCGUUUUUGUCCAGAAGAUUAUGUCAUAAACGAUGAGGGUGCUCCCUUCUGGGAGAAGUUUGAGGAAUUUCGAGUCAACAAGCAUUCCCAAAAAGAUGCAUGGAUUAUUAUACAAUUCCUCAAAAGUAUCCUUUUCUGGCUGGAGCGAAGAGGCCCACUAAAAAAGAUGGACCCACGGUUGGAGGAAGAUGUCAGGCAAAUCUGCAAUGAGGUUGAAGAGCGUUCUGCUAGGCUGGGGAAGUGGGCUUGUGUGACUGCCAAUGAUCUUUAUUCAAUAUGGGAAGAUGGUGAGAAGAAACUACAGAAGAUUAUGCGCUAUCUCCAUUCUGAAAAGGCAUCCAUGAAAAAAGAUUGCACGAGUAAUGCAGCUUCAGCUGUUGCCCAGCUGCACGCUGGCGGAGCUGAUGAGUUGAGUGGAUGUUCAUGCAAGGAAGCCGACGCUGGGGGAAAUGACGUGGUGGAAUCGGCCAAGGAAGAAGCAGGUGUGGCCCAGGCUUCAAAACAGAAGCAGAAAAGCAAGAAGAACCCCAAGAAAUCGAAGCGCCAUGGCAAGAAGUGA